AUGAAGGAUACUCAUAUAUGCAUUGCAGACUUGGCCAAGAAUUUUGGCUGUGAUUUAGUGAGUGAAGAAGCUAUUUCCUUCUAUGGUGUUUUUGAUGGGCACGGAGGAAAGGAUGCUUCUCAUUUCGUCUGUGAUCAUUUUCCCAGAGUUAUUGUUGAGGAUGUUGAUUUUCCCCUAGAACUGGAGAAAGCGGACACGAGGUCAUUCAUGGAGACUGAUGCUGCAUUUGCAAAGUCUUGCUCUCUCGAGUCCUCACUGGCGUCUGGCACUACUGUUCUCACUGCAAUGACUUUUUAGUGUUUACGUUUGAAUAAACUUUUAUGGUUUUUGCUUCGACUGAAAGGGAUAUCUUAUCUCUCACAGGUCUUUACUUGUCGUGAAUGCUGGGGAUUCUAGGACGGUACUGUCAUGGCGUGGAAGAGCUAUAGAGAUGUCAAAGGAUCAUAGACCCUGUUGCGUGAAAGAGAGGAGACAAAUCGAGUCUCUGGGUGGGUUAAUUGAUGAUGGUUAUCUGAACGGCUUACUAGGGAUCACUCGUGCAUUAGGUGAUUGGCACCUUGAACGUACGAAGGAAACGGGCGAGAGAAUCGGCCCGCUAAGUGCUGAACCAGAACUCAAACUAAUAACACUAACCAAGGAAGAUGAGUUUUUGAUCAUCGAUAGGGAUGGAA